AUGAUGAUGAUGUGAUAAGCUCUAGAAAUGAAGAGGAAAGUUCAGAAGACAGUAUGAAAUUAAGAAAGAAAGAUUUAUCCUUGUUUGGUUUUUGUCCUUCUCAAGAUGAGUUAUUUCUGGUGCUCUGUGAAAAAUGCAACAAAUCAAUUAAACCACAAGCCUUCAAGCAGCAUUUGGUCAAAAGACAUGGUGUUAAAGAUAGUCAUGCAAGACGUUCCAGUUCUACCUCUCAUAGUUCUCAUUCUUCGUCAUCUAAAUAUAUUUCACCCAAGAAAGAAGAAAAACGAAGCUCAUCUUCAAGCAGCCAGGCACCUUUAACAUGCCCUGUACCUACAAAAGCCAGUGUGAAACAAACUCCACCCAAUAUUGCAGCAUUAGCUAGAGCUAGACAGAAUGCAAGGGAUAAAUCAGAGUCUUCUGCCCCUGUGAAAGAAAAAGGGGAGAAACUUAAUGACUCUCCUAUAAAGGUGAAAAAAUCACAAACUUUACCUAUUGUGAAGGUAGAACGAAUAUCAGAGCAGCUAUCAAGCAAGAAACCAUCAACAAUCAGUCUGGAUUCAGAUUCACUGGCAUCUGACAUUAAUAAAAGCUCAAUUAAAACUGAAAUUGAUCUUGAAGAAAAAACAGACAUCUUUAUGCCAGAGUUACUAGCAGAGUUGGAAAAAGUUCCUGAAAAACCACCAGUUCUCCAUCCAAUCAAACCUGUUAUUCCAAAACUUACAAAAUCCUUCUCUUCAACUACCCUGUCAUCCACUCCAAUAUCAAAAGUUUUAUCAUCCAUGUCCAGUAAAAGUACAAGUAGUGGUUCGAGUAAAAGUUUGGGUGGAGCUUCUACAUUAUCAAGUAAAAGUAAUAGUGGUGUUUCUUCUAGUAAACUCGGCAGUGUGUCGUCCAGUAGACUGAGUAGUAAUGCAUUAUCUUCAAGUAAAAGUAGUAGUGGUGCAUCAACGUUGUCUAGUAAAAGUAAUAGUGGUGCAUCAUCACUAUCAAGUAAAUCAAGCAGCAGCAUUGUUUCAACAGCUUCAAAUGUGACAUCAACUACUUCAGUUGUGACAAUAAAAAGUGAUACUAAACCUGAUUUUAGUCACACCAUGGCCUCAAAUAUUUUGACUAAACCUUUUAACUCUGUAUCCAUGGCACCUAAACCUACAUCUCUAUCUAUAACCAGUAAUACAACCAAAUCAGGAAGUUCUACCAAAUUGGUGAAACCAUUCAAAGAGAAGUUUCUACCAUGUAAAGAUCGUGAAUAUGAUUCUAGUAAACAUUGUGGUGUGUUUAUUGAAGAUAUACAAAAGUCUUGCACCAGGUCACUAACUUGUAAGACACAUGCCUUGUCAUUACGUCGAGCUGUGAAGGGAAGAAUCAAACCAUUUGAUGACCUCCUCAAGGAACAUCGAAUUGCCAAAGAAGCCUUACUUAAAGCUAAAGCCUUGGCUGCUGGUCUCCCACCGCCAACGUCCAAAUAUAGUUAUUUAUUAGAAGCUAGUGAAGCUGAAGCUGCUGCUGCUGCUGCUGCUGCUCCGGCUACCUCUUCUGGCGCCAACUCCUCACAUUCCAAACCAAACCAAUCCUCAUCUAUAACUUCUCCACAUAGAUCUUCAAAACCCCACAAUAAAUUAUCUGGUCCAGCUUUCCAAAGAAUAUCUGUGAGUGGUGUGUUUGCUCCACAAACCUCAAUAUGUGAAGAUAAUAAUACAUUAGUUUAUGGUCAAAAUGAUGGGAUAGAAGAAGAAUUAGAUUGUCGAGAAACCCAUUUUAUUAAUCGACACCCUCGACCUGCUGCGAUUUGUACUUUUGGUGCUCGAACGAUGUCUGGAGCUAGAUAUUCUGUCUUUAAUCAUAGACCUGAUUUUAUGCGUGCUGCUUUUAUCAGUGCCAUAGAGAGACACCUCCAUCCACCACCUCACAAAAAACUGUGUGUGGAAUCCAAUUUACCUAAAGAUUCUCAUGUUGUUACCAAUGCUGUUGACCCUUAUGAAUUUAUGGAUCCAGGGAUAGCAGGAUCUGCUGCACACUCUUUCAACUCAAUGUUCAAUUCUCAAAUGAGGACAGGCUCAAUGAAACAAAAAUCAAAACAAACUUUAAAUAGAACUUCCAAACAAGCCCUUGGUUCUCGUAGCCCAGGGUCAAUAAAUUCUCUGCCUACUGUGACAAAUAUGAACCCUGCUAAGCGGAAACGCAACAUAAGUAGUCAAGGUAGCAACCCCUCUCCUGUGAUAUCUCAAAACUUUACAAAUGUGAUUCAAUCCUUACCACUCAAUACAAAUAAUAACAAUAACAACAAUAACUCAAACCCUAUAGCAACUAUUGCCAUCCCGGGCAUGAAUCUGACAGGUACAACGAUUGGCCAAUUUAAUACUGCUGCUGGGAAAACAGGACAAUUACAAUUACAAAAAAAUAACAUUAUUAACAAAGAUGGACAAGUGAACUUUGUGCUGACAGGAAUAGAUCCAUCUUUAACACGGAAUGGUUGUGUUAGUAUUGCUACUUCUCAGUUUGGUCAAAUGAUCACAACUGAUGACAAAAACUCUAAAAAGUCACGAACUUCUGUGGCAGGAACAAAAAGUAACAAUAAGUUAGUGAAUACUAUUGAAGGAAUUAAGACUUUCCCUAAUAAUGUGUUCACCCUACCACAGAACGCUGUGUAUAUGGAUGGUGGACUACAAGGUACAUUGUUACAGGUGCCUAAUUUAACACCCACCUCGAAUAACACCAUAAUGUCUUUAGCUACACCAGUUGUUACGACGCAACAGUUACAAGACUCUACUUUAACAAAUGGUGUUCAUUCUGCUACAGAUAAAGUUUUGUCAAAUAGACAGAAAUUUGUGCAAACUGGACCUAAAAGUAUUACAGCACAAGGUGUGCCCUUGUUACAAACUAGUGGAUCACUUAACCAUGGUCAACUGUUUACUAGUCAAACUCAGUUAAAUCCUAUUCAAGUUAAAUCAUCCAAUAUCAAUAUGAACAAAAAGGUUGCCAUGCAGCCAGUGUCAGUCACCAUUCCUCUCCUUAGCCAAUCAAACUUUAGUGCCUUGGGAGCUCCUCAAACUCAGCACACAUUUUUACUACGAACAAGUACAGACGAUAGUGGUCAGAGACAGGAAAUACAUUUACAACAACCGUUAUCCAACUCUUCAACAAAUCUCAUAUCCUAG